AUCGAUGCCUACAGCCAUGGGCAGCGCAGCUUCGGGGAGAACUACGUUCAAGAGUUGCUAGAAAAGGCAUCAGACUCCAGAAUUCUAUCAUCUUGUCCGGAGAUUAAGUGGCAUUUUAUUGGCCAUCUGCAGAAAAAUAAUGUCAACAAGUUGAUCGCUGUCCCUAACCUGUUCAUGUUGGAAACGGUAGAUUCUGUGAAACUGGCAGACAGAGUCAACAGCUCAUGGCAGAAAAAAGGGUCGUCCCAGAAGCUGAAGGUCAUGGUGCAAGUUAACACAAGUGGAGAAGACAGUAAGCAUGGCCUUCCUCCUGGAGACACCACGGCUGCUGUGGAGCAUGUCAUCAACAAGUGUCCAAGCCUGGAAUUUGUGGGGCUGAUGACGAUCGGCAGCAUUGGGCAUGACCUUAGUAAGGGGCCAAAUCCUGACUUCCAGAUGCUGCUAUCUUUGCGGCAGGAAGUGUGUGAAAAGCUGAAUCUCCCCAUUGAGAAGGUGGAGCUGAGCAUGGGCAUGUCCACAGACUUCCAGCACGCAAUAGAGGUUGGAUCCACAAACGUCAGGAUUGGAAGCACUAUUUUUGGAGAGCGAGAUUAUUCCAACAAAGCAGUUGGUGGCAAGGCCCCUGCUGAAACUAAAGGCAAAACGGAGACCUUGACAGCGCAGGGUCAUUAGAUGGAAAAAAAAGUGGCCUCGACAGAGGACAGAUGAUGGGAGACCUCACUAUGCAUUCUUACCUCCCUCCGUGUUGGCACCCUAUCAUGAUGGUGAGAGGGAAUUCCUCCUAACAGAACAGAGGCCAGAAAUGCCUCAUAAUUUAUUGUGAUUAUAGAGUACCCAUAGAAACUGGAAAUUUUUAUAAUCAACAAAUGAUAAGAAAAUUUAUGGUUGAAAGUGACCGUGGUAUCUUGGCUCCUUCAGGGUCAUUAAGAACAGUGACUUUUGGAUGACUAGGUUUAACAAACUAAAUAUUUGUCAGGAUGGAGUUGCUAAUGAGCAAGAUGUGUCUGCAGCAGUGUCAGUGAUUAUGUUUUCACUGAGGACUAAAUUCUUCAUUAAACAAGUUAUAAUCUUG